AUGAGUUAGUAGAUAUAAGUAGCAAGUGCACCAGUAACGAAUCCAUAGACUUAGACAGCAGCACCUAUAACAGUAGCUAAUUCUUAAGCUAAAGUCUAAACAACUGGUAAUCAUAAUGCGUCUUCAAUCCCUUGUCUACCGUCUCCAGUAAUACCUGAAAAGUAGACUUUACCAGCUCUCAACCUGCCUCGCAAAAGUUUGAAUCUUUCGCUUCCAUAAAACUACCACGCAUAUAAAAGUUAGUCAGAAAGCCCUUUUUCGAUGAGGAAUAAAUCGCAUACACAAAAAAACUAUUUAAACAAUAAUUCAAUCAAGUUAGAUAAAAUUGAAGAAAAUUCAUAAACGAAUUUCAAAAAUAAAAUAGUUCAUAGAUAAAAUCGGUCUAUAUCUCCAAGCAUAAAUGAAAAAGCAUAAAUAAAAAAUACCUUAAAUUUAUCUAAUUUAAGAAAUCAAAACAAGAACUUAAGAUAAUAAACUAAUGGCGAAUCUAAUUAAAAGAAUCCGAUUAUUUUGAAUUAAUCUCAAAGGCUUAAAAUGCAAACUUUAUAAGGAGACUCAAAGACUAGUUCAUAAAAGCAAAUGUCAAAUACUUUAAAAUCUUAACAAUCCAAUACUCCUUAGUCUCAAUAAUUGCAGAACUCUUCAGCGGUCAACCCUAGUUAUUAAAAAUAAAACCUUUUUACUAAUUAAAAACUUCAAGGCUCUUAAGUAGUUCUUGUUCCUAAAAGCUAAUAAACAGCUGUAAGCCCUUAGUAAAAUGAUACCAAAUUAGCUGCUUUAGUCAAGAAACCUUUACCAUAAAUUCAACAAUCCAACAGUUCAUAAGGAAAUAAUAAUGUUUCUUAACCUGAUAACUUAUUGAAGUUUUAUGUAGGUGGAGGAAACAAUGGCGAAAGAAUCAGAAAGCUGAUGCUUAAAAGAGAAGGAUGGGUAGAAACAAAAGAUCCUACAACUAUGUUUGUUAAUUUCAAGUGGCAGCAAACUACAAGAGGUUAUAAAUAUGAAAAAUUAGUAGAAAACACAAGCUAUAAAUAAGUUGUUAAUCAUUUUGAAUUUCACAAAGAGAUUACAAACAAAUAAUAUCUUGUAAAAAAUCUGAUGAGUUUUGCAGAAAGUAUGAAAUAAAAUGUAUUUGAUAUUACUCCGCUGACCUAUGUGAUUGACUUUAAUGAUGAAAACUGUGAUCUCAUUCUUAAUAAUUUCUUAAAGUUUUUUGAAAUGAACAUGCCAACUCAUGUGAAAAAGAAACAAUAAAAUUUAAUGCAGAAGCAAGCUGAUAUCAGAAAAAUAUUAAGAUAAUUCUAAACUCAGUACGGAUAGCAAGGGACUGAAAAAUUAUUUAAUUAUUUUUACACUAGAUGGUCUUUGCAUGAUACCUUUUUAGAUAAAAAUAAUAGUACUUAUAUGUGGUUGCUUAAGCCAACAUUUUUAAAUAGAGGUAGAGGUAUACAUGUUUUCAACAGCUUAGCAAGUCUAGAAAAGCUGAUGUCAGACUAUACUGAAGGAUUCGAAGAAAAAUCUCUUAAAAAGCAAGAAAAAAAAGAUGAAGGAGAGGAAAAAAAUGAAAUUCAAGAAAUUCCUAUAAAAGAAUCUUAGAAUAAUAAUAAGAAACUUUCACAAUCAUAACCAAAUAUUAUUAUCGAAAAUUAAGUUAAAAUUACUAAUUAACCCGAAGAGUAGAAUUUGCAAAAGAUGGACAACAAAUCUUCUUUAUCAUUACAAAAGUUACCAUCACCUGAAAGAAAGGUUGAGGGUUUUGAAGAAACUAAAGAAAAUGAUGAAAAAGCAAACAAUGAAAUAAAUUCAGCAAAACAAUUAGAUAAGGAAAAUAAUCCUAACCAGAGCCACUCACCAGAUGUUAAAAAAAUAUCUUAAAACGGAAACAGUUUCCAAAUAAAGAAAAUAAAACCACUUCAAAAUAACCGUGCCAACAAUAACUCAUAAAAAUCUAUGUCUAUCAAUAGUGGAGCCUCUACAACUUCAAAUACAAAUACAAACGCUUCAAUAAACUCACAAUCUAUGGUAUAGAGUGUUCCGGCAUCAACUAGUUCAAAUAGGCAGUCUAAAAAAGAAAAGGAAAAAGAGAAAGAAAAAGAAGACCCAAACAAAUACAUUAGAGCAUAGCCUUAAGGACCAUAUAUUCUUAAAGCUAGCCAAUUCGUAAUUUAAAAGUAUAUUGAAAAACCACUUUUAAUAAAUAAAAGAAAGUUUGAUAUUAGAGUUUGGGCUCUAGUAACUCAAAAUUUAGAUGUUUACUUCUUUAGAGAAGGCUAUAUGAGACUCUCAAGCUCUGAAUUUAGUACUGAUGAAAGACAACUUGAUAAUCUAUUUAUUCAUUUAACAAAUAAUGCUAUUUAAAAAUACAGUGAUAACUAUGGGCAAUUUGAAAAUGGUAAUAUGUGGUCAUUUUAGCAGCUUUGGGAAUUUUUGGAAGCAAAUUAUUAAAACAGCUCAUCAAAUCAAAGUAGUACAACUAACAGUGGCUCAAAUGAAGAAAAGUUGCCUUAGAAAUUCUUUAAAAAGAAAAUUGUUUCUAAAAUCAAAGACAUCAUUUGGUUAACAUUUUGCUCUGUUAAAAAGAAAAUAAACUAAUAUGAUAGAAAGUUUUGCUUUGAAAUUUUUGGAUUUGACUUCCUCAUUGAUGAAGAAUUAAAUUCAUGGCUUAUUGAAGUAAACACUAAUCCAGCCAUUGACGAGUGUUCUCAGUUACUGAAGACUUUAAUACCUCGUGCAUUAGAUGAUGCUCUUAAAUUAACUAUCGAUUAGAUUUUUAGCAAGAGGCAAGUAGUUCCAUAAAAUACAAAUGUAUAAAGUAAAAACAAAGAAAAAUCUCCUACACAUUAGCCAUAAAAAUCAAACAGUGAUAGUGAGAAUGAUAAAAUUGUUUAGGAUUAAAUUAUUGAAAAGCCAGUUGAACAAGAAGAAGAGGAAGACGAGGAAGAAGAAGAAGUUGAAAAGAAAAUAAGUUCUGUAGAAUAAAUGGACCUAAAUUCACCAACAAAGUUAUAAGCAGACUCACCAUAGUAAGCAGCUAAGAAUUAAGGCUAAUCAAAUUCUGGAACUAGCUAAGAGCCCUCUUACUAUCCAGUUCCUGGGUAUGAGGAUACCUUUAAUAUGUGGGAGCUUCUUGGUAACCUUAAAGACUCUUCAAAUGUUCAAGUUAAAAAGAAAUUCAAAUAAUUAAAAUGA